AUGAUUCCAAAAAAAUUUGAUUCAGAUGAACAUCAAGUAGAUCUGGCUAUUACAACAAAAGAAAAAGACGAUGAUUCACCUAAAGAUGAAGGAAUCCAAGAAUUAACAGCUGAAGAAAUUCAAAAAAUUCCAGGACAUUUUCUUGAUCUUCUAAAUUCAAUUCCAAACUCAGAUUUAGAAACAUCAUUACAAUACCUUGAUGAAAUAUACUCACUUUCUAUACCACAAAUUACUUUAAAUAAUCAAAUCCUUGAAGCUCUUAUUAUUCUCGGGACUGACGCAUCAUUUCAUCAGCAAAUACAAUUAAAAGCAUUAUAUAACUUAGCUCAUAUGUUCUUACUCGAUCCAAGAUUAGCAAUUUCCUUAGAUAAUCAAUAUGUUGUUCAAUUAUUUCAACUAAUGGGGCCAAAUAUGUCAAAAACAGCAAAAUUAGCCAUUACAAAUUACAUUAUGUCAGCACCGAUUGUUAUUGAAAAACUUAAUCAAAUUAAUUUUAUAAAUGUUUGCAUUCAACAGUUUUUCAACGACUCAUUAAACAUUUCUCAACUUACUAAUCUUCGUGAAAUACUUGAUGUCUAUAUUUCUCAAGCCCCCGAAGAUGAUAAUGAACUUGGCCGAACUUUUCUUCCUCUUCUACAAAAACUCAACGAAUCGAACGAUCCCGAUGUAUUCGUUCAAUUAAUUACCCUUUUGGUCACUAUUUUGAAUCAAUGCAGCACUCCACAAGUUUUUGACUUCAUUUUCGAACAAAACAUCGACCAUCGCUGUUUCGAUUUAUUUGGAAACUUGUUGACAGCAGCGAGACUUCAAAUUUGCGAACUUUUUCAGAUAAUUACGGGAAAAUCUUAUUAUUGCAAGCAAAUUUGGGAGAGAAACCUUCUUGACAAGCUCCUUUAUUUACGAGAUUGCAAUAACGAGCUGUAUAUGAGCAAAUCAAUCAGGAUUUGGGGAAAUAUUAUUUAUUUAGGAAUGGAUUUCUUAAAAAUAGCUGAUGAGAACAAGAUAAUUGACCUUGCAAUCCAUAUUUUAGACAAUGGGUCGUUCAAAUCUCGCAAGAAAGUCCUCAAAUUCUUUAACAUUUGCUGCAAUUUCAUAAAUGAUGAGUAUAUGCAACAAAUUUUCAUAGAAAAGAAGAUCGCAUCCUUCUUCGCAUCAUUCCUAGAGACACCUGCUAAGUCAGUUUGGCCUUAUUGUCUCUCAAGUUUGAGAAAAAUUGCCGAAUUUAUUUUACUCAAUGAAGAUACAGAACUUUUUGAUCAUCCACUUUUUGAAGGAGUUGAUUCCGAUGAAUUAUAUGACAAUUUGUUAGUUGUUUGUGAAGAUUUUUCAGAUCCACAUGAUAUCACUUAUGAAAACGCUUAUUAUUUCCUCAGCAUGCUCGAAGAAGACCAUGAAAACGCAAUAGAACCAAGUGAUGAUUCCGAAGAUUCAUAA